UAGUACCUUAUUUAUUAUUAUGUUCUUGCUAGCUUAUUUAUAGCCUUUUUUUUCUUUACAUAUCAUUGAGAGCACCUUCAACAACUUCCUUCUUUUCUUUUCCUUCUUCCUUAAAUUUCUCAAAAACUAACUCUCUUGAGUUGUGAGCUAGUUUCUCUAAUGGAGACUAAAGAUCUAACCCAAGAUGGCACUGUGGAUCUUCGUGGCCAGCCCGUUCUUGCUUCCAAGACUGGCAAAUGGAAAGCUUGUGCUUUUCUUGUAGGAUAUGAAGCGUUUGAAAGGAUGGCAUUUUAUGGUAUAGCUUCGAAUUUAGUGAAUUAUUUGACAACUCAACUUCAUGAAGACACGGUUUCUUCGGUUAGAAAUGUAAAUAAUUGGUCAGGAUCCGUUUGGCUAACUCCCAUCUUUGGUGCUUACAUCGCUGAUUCUUUCCUUGGUCGUUUCUGGACUUUCACCUUUUCCUCUCUCAUCUAUGUCAUGGGAAUGGUGUUUCUAACAAUGGCAGUAUCAGUAAAAACCUUAAAACCAACGUGCAACAAUGGCGUAUGCAGCAAAGCCACACCUUCACAAAUAACCUUCUUCUACGUAUCUCUCUACACCAUCGCCCUUGGUGCUGGAGGCACGAAACCGAACAUCUCUACCUUCGGUGCUGACCAAUUCGAUGACUUCAACCCAACCGAGAAGCAGAUGAAAGUCUCCUUCUUCAACUGGUGGAUGUUCAGCUCAUUCUUGGGCGCUCUUUUCGCCACUCUCGGCCUCGUCUACGUCCAAGAAAAUAUCGGAUGGGGCCUUGGCUACGGGAUUCCGACUGUUGGCCUUCUCUUUUCCCUCUUCAUCUUCUAUUUGGGAACCCCUAUUUACAGGCAUAAGGUUAGAAAAUCUCGGAGUCCGGCUAAGGACUUGAUUCGGGUGCCGGUCACCGCGUUUCGUAACCGGAAGCUUGAGCUUCCGGCAAGCCCGAAUGAGCUUUAUGAGGUGGAAUUGCAGAGUUACCCCGGUUACGGUGCCGGCGCCAGUAAAAGGCAGGUCCAACAUACUCCUACUUUCAGGUUCUUGGACAAAGCUGCAAUAAAAGAUGGCACAAAUUCAUCAAGGCCUUCAUGCACAGUGACUCAAGUUGAAGGAACCAAGCUUGUGUUGGGUAUGAUCAUAAUAUGGCUAGCCACCCUUGUUCCAAGCACCAUUUGGGCCCAAAUCAACACACUCUUUGUCAAACAAGGCACCACUCUAAACCGAACCCUUUCCCAUGGCUUCCAAAUCCCAGCAGCCUCCCUUGGGAGCUUUGUGACGCUCUCCAUGCUCAUAUCUGUCCCAAUGUACGACCGCUACUUUGUCCCGUUCAUGCGUCAAAAAACCGGAAAUCCUAGAGGAAUCACUCUGCUCCAGAGACUAGGCAUCGGUUUCGUCAUCCAAAUCAUAGCCAUUGCCAUUGCAUACGCGGUUGAAGUUCGAAGAAUGCACGUAAUCCGAACAAACCACAUUGUGCAGCCAAAAGAAGUAGUCCCUAUGAGCAUUCUUUGGUUGUUACCACAAUACAUUCUUCUCGGCAUUGCAGACGUUUUCAACGCAAUUGGGUUGCUCGAGUUCUUCUAUGACCAGUCCCCUGAACAUAUGCAAAGCCUUGGAACUACAUUCUUCACAAGCGGGAUUGGUGUCGGAAACUUCUUAAAUAGUUUUCUCGUCACAGUGGUCGAUAAAGUCACCGGAGAAAACAGCGGGAAGAGUUGGAUUGGGAACAACUUGAAUGACUCUCAUUUGGAUUACUACUACGGGUUUCUAUUGGUUAUAUCAACAAUCAAUUUGGGUUUGUUUCUUUGGGUGUCAAGUAUGUAUAUUUACAAGAAAGAAGCCAUUGAUGAAGUUAAAGAUGGCAUGGAAACCAAAGGGUUGGAUACUUCUCCUCUUGGGCUACAAGUUUAAUGGGGAUUAAUUAAUAUUCCUACUUAUUAUUAUUACAAGAGGUAUAAGCUUCAGCUAUAAAUCUAAGAAACGUAGUUGAAUGCUUUGUGCAACAUUCUAUUUAUCUAGCCUUGAUCCUAAGGCAGCAGUGAUGUAUAUUGCAAUUGCUUUCUCCUAAUAAAAUAGUGAAUAUUUUGGAUGAUAA